AUGAGUGCCCCGCUGGUUCCCAAUAAGUCAUGUUACAAUUUAUUGCAGGGCAACAGAAACGAGAUGAAGAAUAACAAUGAACGUAUGGUGACUGUUGGAGACACGAAUGCCAACCAAAUCACACCAGAGGUUAGAACCUCUGGAAGGGAAUUAAGGACAAAUGAUCUGUCAGGAGAAACUAGAUGCCGGAAUACAGGUGAGACAGAAAAUAACACACAGUUAGAUUCAGAGAGGAACAGACUUCAGGGCACUACUACUGGCCUAUCAGAGUUUAGGCUGCAUUCCACCACCAGCAGGGAAUUGCAUAAGGAUUACAGGACUGAUGGGGUGAAGGACACUGCAAAACUACUCCCUAUUAGCCGGGGACAUAGUUUGUCCAAUCUGAGGAUUAAUACAAAUGAGACCUUUUCAGUGGUUCUUUCAAAAAGCGAUGCUGAUCUCAUUCAGCACGUUUCAAAGGAGAGAGCACCUAGAAGGAUUGAGCCAGAAGGGAUAAAGCGCCUUUCCUUGGGGAGAUCAAGGAAACUGAUGGCUAAAACAGAAGCCUUUGGGAAAGAAUUUGUAGGUCGCGUAUCAGGCAAGCGGUUGCUUUCUGCAUCCUUGGAUUCCAUUGACACCUCGCACCAUUUGAUUGGGGACAUGGAGAGAUCUCGGAAAACAUCCACAGACCACUUUUUAGGCGUGGUGUUUCGUCCAACUGAUAGCGCCUCCGAGGGAAACAUUGUCCGUUAUUCUAAGCCACCCUCUACCUCAGAAACGAAGAAACCAAAUGUUGCAGCAACAAAUGUUGCGGACAACAUUGCAAAUUUCAACAAACAAAGCACACCGCACCCUGCUCACAUAGAUCUACAUUUAACUGUGAAACCCACUGAAAUUUGGAGUAGAUCAGAAGCACAAGUAGAUCACCAGGGCGAUAAGAGAGGAAAGGCGGAGUUGAAAAGCCCUCUGUAUUCUCAGUCUCAGAGUAUGUGUCAGCAAAAAAUUGACAGGAAUACGCCAGUUGAAUUUCUCGGACAUCAGAUGGAGGAAAAUAAUGUUGCAGGGCAGAAUAAAAAGGAUUAUGGGUCUGAAGUAUACAAGGGGAAAUCACAUCAGUUGCAGGAAGCUUGUCGCAAAGCAGAGAAUCCAUAUUUAAAUGAGGACUUUGACUCUGCCAGUGACAGACUGGUAAGUAAUAGUAAUAACUCCCAAGGUUUAAGAAAGGGAGGUAGUCUUAGUGACAGCAGGUCGAUGAACCAAGUGAGUGCGUGUAUAUCUGAAAAAGAAGAGGAUUCUGCAUUGCCUUUUGCUGGUGACAGCAAACACAGUGGCAAGCUGACACCUACAAGAAAUAAAAACCUACAUGAUACUGACGCAAGUUGCACUCAAGCAGCUGGUGGGCAUAUGCCUUUGAUGCAUAACACAAAUCUGCCAGACUGCAAACUUCUAAACAGUAACGAAAGCAAACUAGUCAAAGGGAAUAGUGAUGUGGCGAUGCUCACCUCUGAUCAACCAAACGCGUUUAGUGCAGAGAAUGCGUCAGAUGGCCAUUCUAAUAUCCAGGGCUGUGGUUUAGAUGCUACAAGUGUUUCAGUUCUGAGCAAGAAGACGGUCAUUGUAAAGAGAAAUCUUUCAAGCGACACACCGGAGAGCUGUAAAAUACCAGGAAGAACAGAUACCUUUUUAUGUGCCCCGACGCCUUUGCGCCCUGUGGCGGCCGUGAAUGUCAGUAAUCACACCACAGCAUCAAGCAGUGGCUUGAAGGGUCUCUAUACACUUCAUGUUGACAAGCUGCCACCCUCUGCGGUCCUGCCUCCCAUUGACGACACACAGUUGCUAAGCCUAUCCCCUAAAGUGCCUAACAAGACCCCCUGUAACAGUGGCAUCCCCAAACCCAUCCUCAUCCAUACUAAGGGCUCCCAUCUGGCCAAGGACGAUGAGGAGAGCAACGGCAUAGAGAAGCCGGAAGACAAGCCUGAGAUAAAACCAGACAUCCCCAAGCCCAAACAUGUGAGGCCUAAGAUCAUCACUUACAUCAGAAGAAAUCCCCAGGCAGUAAGCCACCUUGACCACGCAUUUGCCCCAGCUGGAUUACCCUAUGUGGCACCUCCUUGCAGCAUGCCAAUGGGCACAGAGCAGAAGGCUUUGAACGAUGGAGAUAUUAAACCAGGCACCGUUCUCUAUGACAAGUUUAAACCUGACUUGCAGAAGCCUCGGAUUUACAGUUCUGGACUCGUGGUGUCUGGCAUUAAAUCCCCAAGCCAUCAUUUUGGUCAAAUGGGUGAAAAAUUUAUCCAGGAGGUUGGGGAAAGGCCUGUGAAAGGAGAAUUUUGUCCUCCACCAUACACUAACUAUGAGGUGCCUCCAAGCUUUUAUCGCUCUGCAAUGAUACUUAGGCCUCAGUUAGGACUGGGAGCAGUUUCCAGAUUACCGUCUGCAAAAAGCAGGAUUUUGAUUACAAGCCAGAGGUCUUCAGCAAGCUGCAUCCAUCCGCAAGGACCAAUAGCCAGUUCUCCUCCGCUUUUCCAUCCAGAUAAUUCAGUUGAUCUCAAAAAAGGCCCGAAUCCAAAUGCUACGAAAUCGAACCUUCCAAAGCCAUGUCAGUCUGGACUUCGCCCUCCUGGUUAUUCCCGCUUGCCGGCCGCUAAACUAGCAGCCUUUGGCUUUGUCAGGAGCUCCAGUGUCUCGUCGGUCUCAAGCAACCAAUCGAAUGACAGCGUCCAGAGUGAUCAAAGCAGGACAGCCAAUAGUUCAAACUUUGGAAAUGAGGAGCAACCCAUUCCUAAGGCAGCUGAGCCUUCUAAAGAAACACUCAAGGGGGCCAGUAGGACUCCACCACAGGCAUCAAACAACGCAGCAGCUGCCCGGAGGAGUUUACUUCCAGCGCCGAAGACUGCCGCAACAACACCUGCUGGCUCAAAGAAAGAAGCACAGAAAGAUCAAGAGGCCAACAGACCCACAGUUUCAUCCCCUAAGAGACUGGUUGUAUCAUCCACCAAGCUCCACUCACCAGGACACCCUAAACAAAGGUCACCCGUUCCAAGGAAUGGAUUUUCCACCAAGCCUGACUUGCAGACUCGAGAGGCUGAGCGGCAGCUCAUCCAGCAAAUGAAGGAGAAGUGUGAUGAACAGGCCAAGAAAUUCAGCUGCAUCCAAGAGGAACUUAAGAGAACCGGCUGUGGCUUUGAUGUCUUCGUUAUCACAACACAGCAUUUCUUUCAGAAAAACGAAAGCGCCCUUGUGAAAGAAAAAGAGCUCUCAGCGGAGCUUGCAAACAUCAAAGAUGAAGUUGCCCUCAACGCAGCAAGAUAUGAGAAAUUACAAAAAGAGAAGGAGGAGCUGGAAAAGAAGUUUGAGGGCAAGUUGAGGACGCUCGGUUGGGAGCAGCAGGAGGAGCUCCGUGCGCUGGAAGAGCGGCUGCAGUUACAGUACAGUGCCGAAAUAGAGCAAUUGCAAGAGGAUCACAAGGCGCAGCUCAUCAGGAUCAAGAGCCAGCACCAAGAGCAGGUGGAAGACAUUACAACAACUCAGGAAGCAGCGGUGAUGGAGAUGGAAAACAGUCAAGCAGUUGCUAUUGCAGUGCUUCAGGAUGAAUAUGAGCGCAAAGUUCAAGAACUAAAGUCUGCACAUGAGCUGGAAAAAAGAGAACUGGAAGAGAAUUUUGAGAAGCUACGUCUAUCACUCCAGGACCAGGUCGACACCCUGACUUUUCAGAGCCAGUCUCUGAAGGACAAGGCAAAACGAUUUGAAGAGGCAUUAAAGAAAAACACUGAAGAGCAACUAGAGAUUGCAAUGGCUCCAUACCAGCAUUUAGAGGAAGACAUGAGUAGCCUAAAGCAGGUCUUGGAAAUGAAGAAUCUACUCAUUCAUCAACAGGAAAAGAGGAUCAUAGAGCUAGAGAGGCUGGCUGAAAAGAACUUAAUAUUAGAAGAAAAAAUUCAGGUGCUCCAGCAGCAAAAUGAGGAUCUCAGAGUCAGGAUUGAUCAGAACACUGUGGUGACAAGGCAGUUAUCUGAAGAAAAUGCUAAUCUCCAGGAAUACGUUGAAAAAGAAUCCAAGGAAAAGAAGAGGCUAAGUAGGACUAAUGAAGAGCUGCUGUGGAAGCUUCAGACGUCGGACCCCAUGAGCCCAGUUAAGCUGUCGCCAACAUCGCCCACACAUAUUUAUCGGUCUUCGUCAGGACCUCCCACCCCAGCUAAAGUCAGCACCGUGCCAAGAUGACAGCCCCGUGCAGCUGUGUCAGAUGACUUGUCCCUGACGAUGUCCCCGUCUACUGAAUGUUCUCGUCUAAGAAAGUAUUAACCACAGUAGAAGUAGAUCCCUGGGAUCCGUGACUCUACCAACAUGCUCUCUUGCUGCAUAGCUGUAUUUGACUAGGCAGUGCACUCCGGUGGGUUCUCUAGGACUUGCGACACUGAUGCCAUAGAAUAGCAGAAUCCCAGCUGAUGCAUGGGGACAUCCCAGGGUUAGAGGCAAAAGCAAGGGAAAACUCUUCUUAUUGUUCACUCCCGAGUGAUGAACUUUUCGCUGCAGUAUUUCAGGUUAGUUGCCAGUUCGAGUUUUGAAUAGCUCUGUGUGUUGAGUGGCUGCUGAUACGUAUGGAUGACCUCAGGCAUCCAUGCCCAUAACGCGAGGCACAUGUCAGGCACACAUGCACACCUUCUGCAUAUGCACACCUUCUGCUGUUCCGAAAUGCAUUUUUUUAUA